CGGUGGCUAUGUAUACAGCCCUGCCCCGUGCUCCUCUGCCGCCCAGUUCACAGUAGUGUGCUCCUUUGACUGUCCCCCUGCUCCUCCUCCUCCUCUCCUCGCUCGCAUCUGUUGGGUCUUCUUCUUCUUCUUCCUCGGCUUGUCAUUAGCUGCCAGAUGGAGGCGCAGGAUGACUGCGGAAAGUGGCGCCAAAUCCCGGCGUUCGGCGACUGGAACAUGUGGGAAGAGAUGCCCGUGACCCAGUACUUCGAGCCGGCAGCCACCUUCUUCUUCACGGCGCAGGCAGGGGAGGACGACGUCGACCUCUUCAAGGUGCCCCACUUCGCCGCCAACCCCUACACCUACAAGAAGUGCGUCGUUCGAGUGAAGAAGGGGGAGGAGAACGAGAAGCCGAACGCCAACGCGAACGCCGGUGCUGUGCCCGGGAGGAGGAAGAAAGGCGGCAGGAAGCAGCAGCACCACCACCAGCAAGGGAAGAAGGAGCAGCAGCAGCAGCAGCAGAGGAGGAAGAAGCCCAAGGCCAAGACGGCGGCGGCGGCGGCGGCGGUGGACGAGGACCUCUACAAGAUCUCCCCCAACGUCAUCUGCAAGGUGCAGAAGAAGAAAUUGCUGAGGAACUUGCUGGGAGGGUGCCUCGGCCUCAACUGCAUCGCCUGAUGAAGCAAUAAUAUCCGAGAGUUUUAUCCAGAGUUUGGUGUUAGGAAACUCAGAUCGGUUGAGUUGUGUUUGUGUAUGUACAUCGUCUACUACUACUACUGCUACGAUAUAUGGAAGUAAUGGAAACCGAUUGCUGCUU